AUGGGAAUGGGCACGGCAACUGACCACCAGUGGUCUGCGACCCUAAUGCUCGGGGACCACACCUUGAAGCAAGACAGCAAGCAGCUUUGGCUGCCUGUAUCUCAUCGAGCACGACGUUCAAACUGCGUUCGAUCGCUGGGUGCCGGGUACAUGCUUCAGAAUGUCAGUAUACUACAAUUGGAUGAUAAAGCAGACGGAAAGGUUGCCCAGAGGAACCAUCCCGUCACAUUACAGGGUCGUUAA